ACGCUCUCAUGCUUCAAAUUCAGAAGUUCUUAAUCAAACCUCACACACCGGAACAGGUAUGGUUGGUAGAAGAUACAUGUCUCUCGGGCCCACUAGGCCGGGGAAGCGACACAACAGUUGGAUAUGGCCGAUGUUGGGAAUGAUCGCGACUUCGGCUUUGGGCAUCGCGUUGACUAUAAUGAACGCCAGAGAUUGGAGGAGCUCAGAGCAUACAGCAAAUAUCGUUCUGGCUAAUCGCUCUAGUAUCGCUGUGGCUGUACAAAUCCUUUCGUCAACACUGGGAUUCUUGCAAAUUCAUGCUUUAUGUUAUACUAUCGCGUCCUCCUUUCGCGUCUCACAGCUCAUUCGAGCUUACAGUCUCGAUACACUGCGCUUCGUUGACGCUAUUUCAAGGCCGACAGUAGCAUGGCAUGGACGUUGGCCUCUUAGCCUGGCUUCUGUCGUCUUUUUGGGGUUCUCGUUCGUUCCUGCUGCGUUGUGGUCGGGCGCUCUGACACCUGUCGUCGCUGAGAAACAUGUCUGGCGCGCCAUCGAUAUUCCGACAUUCAUGUCUAGUAACUACUCCGAUGUCGAAAUGUUUAAAGCUAGGAAUAAUACAGCUUCUCGAAGGAUCGAUGGCUAUGGGACAAGCCCCGUAUGGAUCACUAGUGAGGGCUUAUUUACUUUCGACCUAUCGCUUUCCAGCGUCAGCGGUACUUUCCAGGGUUUGGCGAGCGCAUCCUCGAAUGCCUCUCACACAGAUGGCGUCCGCCCCAAGUUCGACUCUUCUGGAUAUCGCUUCAAUGGUCGAAGUUACGGCGCUGGAGCAUCUGCUGGAUUGAUUGAUAUACCAGACACAUCCGCCCCAUCUUGGUAUACGUACUAUGAGGUGGGUCUGAAAACCAACACGACAUGUAUGCGCAAUCAAUCAGCGAAGUUUUCCAUCGCGUAUGCCGAAACUGAUGACGCGCACUUUCGCCACGAAUUUACAUCCAACGGGACAUUUGCAAAUGGAGUCAGGGUACCUGAUCAUUAUCCGAUGCUCGCGCCACAAAGACAAGACAUAUUUAUAUGGGCUGUAGGGCAUGCCGCACCGGAUAUGCCCGCGGCAAACAAAAGCUUGGUGUCGCUAGCGGCUGACACGACCACAACAGCAGAUGUCUGGGACUUUCAUCAGUUCAACAAUGUUCAAUGCGAGGUUACAUAUGAGGCCACCAACUUUUCUGUCAAGGUCGAUGUCAUUGAAAAAACCGUCAAAAUCGCGGACAAUGGCCAGGUGCCCACUCCAGAAUGGGCAAAUGUUGUGUUGCAACAUCUUGAUGAUCCUUUCAGUCGCUACUCUGGAAACGACCGCAUAGUUUUUGGCUCCCAGCUAGGCCAUUCAAUUGUGCUCAACAUCAAUCAGCUGCGAAUGCUCCCGGAGUUUAAGGAUGACAAAAGCGACAGAACGUUAUUCCAAGGACUGAAAGACUAUAUAGAAUCGCUCUUCGAUAAUGGUGUUGGAAUGCUCUCUGCAACGCGUCUCAUCGGUGCUAAUCAAACCGUUGAAGUCCCAGCACUCGUUGGAUUACCUGCGGUCACCUAUGGAAAGCCCGCUUUUGUAUACGUGUUACUUGGCAUCAACAGCGUAGUUCUUUUGGUAUUCCUUACAGAAGCUAUGCGGACCCGCUUCUGGACAGGUAUGUCCAACCUUCAACUCGCGGAUGUCGGUAGUGUCAUUGUAGCGGCUUCACAAGGAGGCAAUGCAUUGGCUUUGAAAGCCAACGGAAGGAGCAAGGGAAAUAUCAGCGAGAUCAUGGUCCAGUUGAUUAAGACAGGAGACGAAAAUCGGGAAGCAAUUGUACUGCCAGAGGACGCGGCCGGUGUGAGAGGCGAUGAAAGCACUCGCGGAUCUAAUGAAACCGUACGUUUGGUUCCACUGCCCGCCCAGGCGUAUAAUGAUACGUAA